ACUACUAUUACUUGCAUUGCACCAGUUAAUAUUGCAGUUAUUAAAUAUUAUUGCUCAGCUGAAGCGGAUGUCUGCUUCAGUCCAAGGUCUAAGUAUUACAUCAUCUUUAUAUUUUUGGAAGUAUAUUGUGACCGGGUUUAAACGUGCAUUAGAUUCAUUGUUCCAGUUUAUAAUUCGCCCUAUUAACUCCCUUUUUAUUUCUCUAGAGGCAGAAACCAUUAAUUUAAUUACUACUACUACUACUACUGAUGUGUAUCUAUCAAUGGGGAAAGAGGGAUGAAUCCUUAAUUUUACCAACUAAUGAUUCCAUAAGUGCAACUUUAGAUACAGCUCAGCUACAUGCAAAAACUACUGUUAUGAUCAGUUCUGAUUUUAAAGAAGAUCGUAUCUGGCUGAAUGGAAAAGAAGAAGAUAUAAAAAAUACAAGACUUCAAAAUUGUUUAAAAGAGAUUAGGAAACGUUCACAAUUAUCUGGGUAUACAAACGAUUGGAAGAUUCGUAUAUGUUCAAAGAAUAAUUUUCCAACCGCUGCUGGCUUAGCUUCUAGUGCUGCAGGAUAUGCAUGUCUUACGGCAGCGUUAGCCAAGCUUUACAAAAUAGAAGGAGAUAUUAGUAUUAUAGCGCGUUCUGGUUCUGGAUCAGCAUGUCGCAGUGUUAUGGGUGGUUUUGUAAGAUGGUACAUGGGUUCAGAUAAGAAUGGGACAGACAGUUUAGCAAAGCAAAUCGUGCCUGCGUCUCAUUGGUCUGAAAUGAGAAUUUUAGUGCUAGUGGUUAGCGAUGAACAAAAAAAAGUUUCAAGUGCAAUAGGUAUGAAACGAAGCAUAGAAACAUCUCAACUUCUGCAAUAUAGAAUAAUGCAUGUAGUCCCGGAACGAGCGAAUAAAAUGCAACAAGCAAUCGUUGAGAAGAAUUUCAAAAAUUUUGCCGAACUUACUAUGAAGGAUUCUAAUCAGUUUCAUGCUGUGUGUUUGGAUACAUAUCCUCCAUGCAUUUAUAUGAACAAUAUUUCUAACAAUAUCAUGAAUCUUGUACAUUCCUAUAAUGAUGCAGUUAACGACGUAAAGGUUGCUUAUACUUACGACGCUGGGCCAAAUGCUACGUUAUAUUUAUUAGAGAAAGAUGUACCAGCAGUGAUAGGUGUUUUAGAUCACUUCUUUCCUCCUUCUGAAAACGCUAUUGAAUAUAGAAGAGGAUUACCUGUAGAAGAAAUUAAACCUUCUCAAGGCCUCUUGGAGAAAUUAAAGUUUCAAAAAUAUCCACCAGGACAACUUAAAUGUAUGAUAUACACCAAAAUAGGAGAUGGGCCUAAAUAUCUCAAUAAUCCACAGGAUCAUUUGUUAGAUGGUCAGGGUAACCCUAUUAAUUGUUCUUGAUCGAUUUUUUACAUUUUUAUUAUUUUCAUUAUUUACUAC